UUCUCUGUCUUUCUUCCGGUUGCCAACACAAGGCAAGGUGAGUGUUUUAUGUUGUGCCUCGUGGUUUUUGAUAAAUAAUUAAAAGUGAUUCUAAAAAAGUGUGUGUCUUGGCAUCGUUUAACGCAUCAAGAUGAGAUCCGUUGCAUUGAAAGAUGUCGAACAAGACAAGGUCGUCAAGACCGUUGCUUUCCACUUAAAGAAAAUUGGCAAGGUCAAGGUUCCAGAACAUAUGGACUUAGUGAAAACAGGUCGUUUUAAAGAGCUAGCUCCUUAUGACCCCGACUGGUUCUAUGUCCGAUGUGCUGCUGUUUUACGCCACAUUUACAUCAGAUCUCCUGUUGGAGUCAAGACCGUCACUAAAAUCUUUGGUGGUCGCAAACGCAAUGGUGUCACUCCUUCACACUUCUGCAGAUCGUCUGGGAGCAUCGCACGUAAAGCCCUCCAAGCUUUAGAAGCCCUCAAACUAGUAGAAAAAGUCCCUGAUGGUGGUCGUAUCCUGACUGUGCAGGGAAGACGUGAUCUUGACAGAAUUGCUGCACAAGUCCGCCACAAGGCCAAACAACAAGCUAAGCAACAAGUUCUUGUUCUAUAAAUAAUGUAAGAAUAAAUCUUAAAAAAUAA